UUUAGGUUGUCUUGGCUGCCCCCUCUCUGGCCCAGUGCAUUGUGGGACAGCGGCAGGCAGUGGUGCCGUAUUUGGGAUAUUAUUUUUUUUUACAGCUAACGCUAGCUGAUAGUUACGUCUCCAUGCAGCCUGCAUGAAGGAAAAUGGAGGAGAAUGGGACGCCGCCGUACUGACGCUUCUCGGUGAACGGACCUCCACGGGUGCUCCGGUUUUAGGUGGUACAUGCACACUCCUACCCUGCAGCCUCCCGGCAACCGUCAUGCCUUAUGGAAUAUUCAUCCACCAUCAAUGACAUUCCAGCGGUACCCAUGUUUACAACAACAGUUCAUUCUGCCAACAAAUAGCCUCAUAUCAGCUCCUUUCGAAUCAGGCUCGCUCCCUUUGCAAAGCACACAAUCAUAAUUGCAAAGCCGUGCUCGCUGUUUCCCCACUACAAUCAACUUCUCUCCCUUCGCAAGAGGCUGACCCCCUAUCAUGAGAUUCCGGGUCUACAAGAGGAAGGUGGUGAUACUGACUGUGGUGGUUGUCAUCUGUGGCCUAGCUUUCUGGAGCAGCGGGAGGCAGAAGAAGAACGACAGCGUGUCGCUCCCCAAGGAAGCCGAGGCGGCGAGGAGAAGCAGCAGCAGCAGCAGCGUUAGCGGCAGCAGUAGCGUCAACAAUCAUAUCCAGGUGCAAGCUACACCUGCAGUCAGCAGGGCACCUGCUCCGCUCCCCGUGAUACAAGCGAACGACACGCACCAGGAGAAAGCAAAGGACAAAGAGAAGCUACCCAAACCAGAGGUAGACAACGCCACGUUAGUCUACCGCGGCAUCGUCUUCCAGCUGAACUUCGACCAGACGAUAAGGAAUGAGGAAAAGUUCAAGGCGGCGCGUCAGAAGGACGAUCUGGUUGUGGUGGUUCAGGUCCACAACCGACCCGACUACCUGAAGCUAUUAGUGGACAGUUUGCGGAAGUCCCGCCGUGUGGAGAGCAUACUGCUGAUAUUCAGCCACGAUUACUGGUCCCCCGAGAUAAACAAAGUGGUGGCCGCUGUUGACUUUUGCCAGGUCCUUCAGAUUUUCUUCCCCUUCAGCGUCCAGCUGUACCCCCAAGAGUUCCCCGGACACGACCCAAAGGAUUGCCCCAGAGACAUUCCCAAAGAGGACGCCUUAAAGCUGGGAUGCAUCAACGCAGAGUACCCCGACUCAUUCGGCCACUACCGUGAGGCCAAGUUCUCCCAGACCAAGCACCACUGGUGGUGGAAGCUGCACUUCGUGUGGGACAGAGUCCGAGUUCUGAAGGACCAUAAGGGCUCGGUGCUGCUGAUCGAGGAGGACCACUACUUGGCCCCGGACUUCAUCCACCUGUUGAAGCUGAUGUCGGCUCUCAAAAGGGAGCAGUGCGCCGACUGCGACAUCCUCUCGCUGGGGAGCUACAGCCACAUCGGCUACUCCGGCAAAGCGAACAAGGUGGAGGUGAAGGCCUGGAAGUCCACCGAGCACAACAUGGGGAUGGCUCUGAGUCGAGAGACGUACCAGAAGCUCAUCCGAUGCACCGACACGUUCUGCACCUACGACGACUACAACUGGGACUGGUCCUUGCAGCACCUGAGCGCAUCCUGCCUGCCCUCCUACUGGAAGGUCAUGGUGAGCGAGGCUCCGCGGAUCUUCCACGCCGGAGACUGCGGCAUGCACCACAAGAAGGCCGCCUGCAUGCCGAUCAGCCAGAAAACCAAGAUAGAAAACGUGCUGCAGUCCAGCGGGAACCAGCUGUUCCCAAAGAACCUCCUGAUAGCAAAGAGACUGCCGGCCAACGGGGCCGGGGGGGUGGCCCCGCACGUGAAGAACGGGGGCUGGGGAGACAUCAGGGACCACGAACUCUGCAAGAGCUAUGUUCGAUUACAGUGACCUUAAUUGCUACGAUUAUAUAUUAUUCUCUCUUUUGCAUCCUCUUUAAAGAAAAAAAAGCCUUUUAAAAGUAAAUCUUUAUGGACUAUUCUUCAUAUUGCCUGUUUUAUUGGACUGUUGAAUAAAGACGAAUGUUGGAUUUCUGGCUUCUUUAAC